GCGAGGAAAGGUGAGCGAAAGGAGGAGACAGACAAAAGCGAGUGCAGGUGGCAGCAUCAUGUCUUCCCUUGCAGCCUCGGCUUGGCCGAGCGCACUACCAGACUGGUCCAACCUGAAUGUCCUUCACCGAAACACUUUGGCUCCUCGUGCGCACUUCUACUCCUACCCCAAUGAAGAUGCCGCCCUUACCUUUGACCGCGAGGAAAGUUUCUUCCAUAGCCUAAAUGGGACGUGGAAGUUUCACUAUGACUCGUCGCCAUACUAUGCCCCGAACUGGGAGGAUGCCAACACGACCACCUGGGACGACAUUGAGGUCCCAGGUGUCUGGCAGAUGCAAGGGUAUGGACGACCGCACUACACAAACAUCGACUACCCUUUCCCUGUCACUCCUCCCAACGUCUCGUACGUGAACCCAACCGGCUCGUACUGGCGCGAGUUUGAGGUCCCGUCAGACUGGGAGGAGGGUCAGCAGAUUCGUCUGCGGUAUGAGGGUGUCGAUAGUGCGUUUCAUGUCUGGCUGAAUGGUGAAGAGGUUGGAUACAGCCAGGGGAGUCGGAACCCGAGCGAGUUUGAUAUUACGGACUACCUGACCGAGGACGGACCCAAUACGCUUGCUACGCGGGUUUAUCAGUGGAACGACGGCUCGUACCUGGAGGACCAGGACCAGUGGUGGCUUUCGGGGAUCUUCCGAGAUGUCUACCUGAUCCCCUUCCCUCAAUCCUCAAUUACAGACUUUGAAAUCGUCCCGGACGUCGACGACGGCUUUGAAGCCGGUACUCUCCGAACAAACGUAACCAUCCAAGGCGACCACGGCGACCUGACUAUCAAGCUCCUCUCACCCAGCGGCGACACCCUGGAUGAAUACACCGGCCCCUCAAGCGAGGAAUACUCCGUCCGAGUCGAAGGGAAUGACUUCCACCUCUGGUCCGCCGAAACACCCAACCUAUACACGGUGCUCAUCGAAUUCAACGGCCGCACAAUCAGCCAAAAAGUCGGCUUCCGGCACGUCGAGAUGAGCGGACCCAAUUUCCUCGUCAACGGCCAACCCAUCAUCAUCUACGGCGUCAACCGACACGAACACAACUACACCUCGGGCCGGACGGUCCCCUACGAGUCGAUGCGCGCAGACCUCAUGCUCAUGAAGCGCUCAAACAUCAACGCCAUCCGUACAGCGCACCAACCGCACCACCCCUCCUUCUACGACGUCGCCGACGAGCUGGGCUUUUAUGUCAUAGCGGAAGCAGACAUUGAGUGCCACGGCUUCGGCAACAUCGAAGAAACAGAGGAAGGCGCCGCGCAGUGGACGUCGGAUAACCCCGAUUGGGAGGAUGCGUAUCUCGACCGUGCGGAGCAGCUGCUGGAGCGGUACAAGAACCAUGUUUCGAUUAUCAUUUGGUCGCUGGGUAAUGAGUGUUUCUAUGGACGCAACCAGGCGGCCAUGUAUCGGUACAUCAAGGAGCGGGAUCCGACGCGGAUUGUGCACUAUGAGCAGGAUCGCGAGGCCGAGUCGGCGGAUAUUUACAGCCAGAUGUACUCGUCGCCGGACGAUAUUCGGGAGCACUUUGUUAACCACACGGAUAAGGCGCUUCUUUUGUGCGAGUUUGCUCACGCAAUGGGCAACGGCCCCGGCGGCCUGCAAGAAUACAUCGAGCUCUUCCGCACGGAGCCCCUCUCGCAAGGUGGCCUCGUCUGGGAAUGGUCGAACCACGGCCUUCUCAAGCGCGAAGGCAACCUGACGUACUUUGGCUACGGCGGCGACUUUGGCGACGAGCCGAAUGAUGCAGACUUUGUCAUGGACGGCCUCACUCUGUCUGACCACACGCCCAUGCCUAGUCUGCUCGAGUACGCGAAGAUCAUCCAGCCGGUCUCGGUCAACCUCACCGAGGACGGAAGCCAGAUGGUUGUGACGAACCACUAUGCGUUUGUGGAUCUUAGUGGGCUUGAUGUCGUUUGGUUCCUCGUUCAGGAUGGCGAGACGACGGAGCCUGAGCCGCUUGAUCUUCCUCGUGUCCCUGCGGGGGAGAACCGGACUGUUGAGCUACCGCUUGACCCGGCCUCGCUAUCGAAGGAAGCAUGGUUGACGAUUGAGUUCCAACUCAACGAGACGAAGCCCUGGGCUGAGCAAGGCCACGUCGUCGCCUGGGAUCAGCUGCACCUCCCAGGCCCGCGCGCAGUAAACACAAAGCGGUCCACAUCCCACCCAUACAUCCACUCCGCCACCCUGGGAAAGCGCCAAUCCCAAUCCGACUCCAGCUUCUCGCUCAACCAGAACGGGCCCAACCUCACCGUGACAGCGGGGGACACAACCUUCGGCUUCGACCUGCUACAAGGAAACGUCACCUGGAACACGAAUGGCGUCGAUAUCCUGCAGCGCGGCCCCGAGCUCGCCUUCUACCGCGCCAUGACGCAGAACGACGAGGGUGGCAACGGCGAUAUGGCCGAGUGGGAGGAGACACAGGUGGGCACGAUGCAUACGCAGGUCCGAGAUGUAACUUGGGAGUCGUCAGACGACGAGGUUACGGUACACUACAAGGUGCGCGUUGCGCCGAUGGUGCUCGAGUGGGGCGUCGAGGCCGAUUUGGUGUAUACCAUCUCUUCUGCGUCCGACUCUUCCUCCUCCACAGGGAACAGCACCGUCACCAACAACGGCACGGCAAGCGAAUCUCGCGGACAACCCUCCCUCCGCAUCCACGCAACGGGCACCUUCGUCGGAAACAACACCCCCUCCGUCGUCCCCCGCAUCGGCCUCCAAGCCAUCCUCCCCCGCUCCUUCAACAGCGUAACCUGGUUCGGCCGCGGCCCAGGCGAAAACUACAAGGAUUCCAAGCAAGCGUGCCGAAUCGGCGAGUAUACCUCUUCAGUAAAAAACCUCUUCACGCACUACGACUACCCGCAGGAGAACGGGAACCGCGAGGAUCUGCGGUGGCUGCGCAUCUCGAGCGGAGCCGACGGCGACGACGAGAACGGAGGGGAGGGUGGCAGCGUGACCCUGGACGCGCGCCGCUUCGCAACCGACCCCGACCCGACCUUUAGUUUCACCGCGGGCCGCUAUCUACCCUGGGAUUUGAACGACGCGAAGCAUCCGCACGAGUUGGAGCCGCUGGAUUUCACGGUGCUGAAUCUCGAUUAUGAUAACCAUGGCUUGGGGAGUGCGAGUGUGGGGCCCAAGCCGUUUGAGCAGUACAAGUGUCGGACGGAAGAUUUUGAGUUUGGGUUCGUGCUGAGUGUUGUUUGA